CUGAACGGCUGGUACAGCUUAAAAAAAAAAAAAAAAAAAAAAUUCCUAUUUCUCUCUCUUGGUUUCUCUCUCUUCUUGUCUAAUAAAAGUUGGGGGCUUCUCGGAGUCGGUUCGCCGCAUCGCCGCGUCAAAGCCACGCGCCGGCACAUCGACGCCUCUCAGGGACUCUGCGGACUCCGAGAAAAUGGAGGCUGCCGGAAGUUGGGACGCUCUCGAAUGGACCAAGAUUGAGCCUCUCUCUCGGUCCGUUUCUCAUAGUAAUUUGGAAUUCUUGUUCGAAUAUGAGGAAGUCAUGGUCGAGGGAUAUGGUGUUGUUCUCGUCAACACUGAUGAGGCAGGUACCCUGCUAGUAACCAAUUUUCGUCUUCUUUUUCUGAGUGAGGGAACUAGGAACAUCGUCCCCCUUGGCACAAUACCGUUGGCAACAAUUGAGAAGAUCAACAAAAUGGUCGUAAAGAUGCAGUCAGCUCCUCGUCAACCUGAUAAGACUCUACCUAGACGACUUCUUCAAGUCAUUGGCAAAGACAUGAGAAUUAUCGUCUUUGGUUUUCGACCUCGAACAAAGCAGAGGCGUAGAAUAUACGAUGCAUUGCUGGGAUCUACAAAGCCAUCAAGAAUCUUGGAUCUUUAUGCUUUUAUCUCUGGACCUUCCAAAUUCAACAAUACUAAUCCUCAGGUGCGUUUACUUAAGGAGUAUUUUCGGCUUCUUGGGAAGGACACAACUCAUGCAUCCAUGAGCAUGAUAGAAAAUCAGUCUUUUACAUUGUCCAAUGACUUAUGGAGAAUAAGUAGUGCAAAUUCCAACUAUACAAUGUGCCAGAGUUAUCCAUUUGCCUUGAUUGUUCCAAAACUCAUUCCUGAUCAGGAAGUUCUCCAAGCAUCCACCUUCCGUGCAAGAUGUCGGUUGCCUGUAGUGACGUGGUGUCAUCCUGUUAUAGGAAGUGGAGCAGUUCUUGCACGUUCAUCCCAACCCUUAGUUGGUCUAAUGAUGAACAUGAGGAGCAACACUGAUGAAAAGCUUGUUGCUGCUUUAUGCACUCAACUUGCUGGUGUGGGAGGAAAACGAAGGAAGCUAUAUAUUGCCGAUGCAAGACCUAGAAAAAAUGCUUUGGCAAAUGGUGCAAUGGGUGGUGGCUCGGAGUCAUCUUCAAAUUAUUUUCAAUCGGAGAUAUUUUUCUUUGGAAUAGACAACAUACAUGCAAUGAGGGAUAGUCUUGCUCGGCUCAGAGAAUAUGUUGAUACUUAUGGUGCAACUUCGUCGGAUGGAAUGUCAUCAUUCUUGAGACACGGUGGAUGGAGUUGGGGUGGAGGCAAUCUCAGCAGUAUGUCUGCUUCUGUGUCAACUUUAGGAGACAGUGGUUGGCUAAUACACGUUCAGAGUGUCCUGGCGGGUUCAGCUUGGAUUGCUGCUCGUGUUGCUUUGGAAUCAGCAUCUGUGCUUGUUCAUUGCAGUGACGGAUGGGAUAGAACGACUCAGCUCGUUUCACUUGCUAGUUUGUUGUUAGAUCCAUACUAUAGGACAUUCACAGGGUUUCAGGCACUUGUUGAAAAAGAUUGGCUCGCAUUUGGUCAUCCAUUUUCUGAUCGCAUGGGCAUUCCAACUAUAUCAGCAAGUGCCAACAUACCACUUGAACUAUCUAGGCAAUCUUCUGCUGGAACUUUCCCAUCAUCACCCAUGCGCCAAUCAUCAGGAUCAUAUACAUCUCAAACUCCUACUACUACUCAUGCUCAAACUUCAAACAACUAUUCCCCAAUAUUUUUACAGUGGGUUGAUUGUGUUUCACAAUUGAUGCGGAUGUAUCCUUUUGCUUUUGAGUUUUCCUCGGCUUUCUUAGUGGAUCUUUUGGAUUGUGUUUUUUCCUGCCGCUUUGGGAACUUCUUGUGCAAUAGUGAAAAAGAGAGGCAGCAAUGUGGUAUUUCGGAAACUUGUGGAUGCUUGUGGAAAUAUUUGGCUGAUUUACGUGCUUCAGAUGGAAGAUCUCAUGUGCACUAUAACCUCUUUUAUGAUCCAAUUAAACAUGAUGGUCCACUAUUACCUCCAGCAGCAGCUUUAGCACCUACUCUAUGGCCCCAGUUCCAUUUACGUUGGGCUUGUCCAGCUGAAGCUCAAUCUGGAGAGGUUGAAGCUCAAUAUAGGAAGAUGGCUAUUAAAUUUUUUGAACUUCAGAAGGCAAAAGAAGUUGUAGAAAGUAAAGCUAAAGAAACAGCUGCAAUGAUGGAAUCAUUAAGUGCAGAGUUGAGAAAUGAGAAGCAAAUCAGCAGCUCAGCUACGAGAUUGGCCACAAGGGCCAGCAAGGAAAGUGAGGCCAUAAAACGAGCUGUACAGUCACUGGGAUGCAAGGUCCACUUCUCGAACGGUGGUGAUUGUACUGUUGAUGUUGAAAACAGCCUCUUUGAUACUCAGAAUUCUAUUUUUUCUUCUGCGAAAAGGGAGUCUGAUGGUACCAUGCAGCACAAUGAAAAGUCAGAUCUGUCUGUGUCAAUUACAGUUGUGGCAGAUGAUGCUGUUGCUAGUAAUCCAAUUGGUCGAAUGUGUGAAACUUUAUGCCCGUUGCGCACUCGAGAUGGAGGCUGCAGGUGGCCAGAUACUGGGUGUGCACAGCUGGGCAGCCAGUUUGUAGGACUGAAGGCAAAUUUUGAUGCGUUUGAUCGCCUUUCUAUAUAUGAUGGUUAUUUUCAGCCUGAGUGAAUGCUGUUGAUUUAGUUAUCAGCUGAACAUCUUACUGACUUCAAUUGAAAGUCAAGGACUUUUCUAAAUGGAGGCCUUAGAAUUAAAGCCUCGGUUAAACUAGGUUAAAUUUUUUCUUUUGGUAACUUGUCAUCAAAUUAACAGGGGAAGGAAAAGCUUAAAGUGGACCCUCGAAUUUGGAUGGGUCUCAGGGUGGUUUGUACAGAGAAUAUAGAGUCAGCAGGCAAUUAUCGUAUUGGUAAAGAGUAGGAAAACAAAAAGAAAGCGCAAUUGCGGCGCUAUGGUGGUCUGCGAAUAGUUUUUCGAUACACUCAUUCAUUUCUCGAAUAAGGUUAAGCCUCAUAUUGUACAGGUUACAGACAAUCUGUAUCUUGUAAUAAUCUUUCAUCGGCAUUUAUGUAUAUCAUGAUUAUUUAGAUUUAUAUUAAUAAAAUUUUGCUAUUAUUGACUUCU